AUGGAGACUGCAGAGCCGGUUUCAUAUGAAUUCCCUGGCCAUGCUGUGGGUGCUGUUGCGCGGGGCCGCAUGAUGAACUCCAACCUGAACCAUAACUUUUCCUUCUAUGCCAACCCAACAACCUCCUUUCCCUUGCCGUAUCAGUCAUCUUCCACAACUUACGGGUUUGGCCAUACGCUCAAUAAUCACCACCAUCAUCAUCAUCAUCACCACCCGGGCUAUCAGCAUUACUUCGUACACAACCAGCCACCGAUCAACCCGCAACCCGUGCGCCUAUCCUCAGAACCACCGACAAUCCAGCCGAUUCCUGAUAUUCGACCAGCCAAGAACGCUAUCAGCCGAGUGGCUAGAGAGCAGUUACCCAAGGUCGAGCAUAAUUCAGGAUCCAAACCGGUCUCCGCGGCCCAGACAUCGGCUAAUAGUGUAGCUGCACAGGGAAAGAACGCUAAUGCUAAUGAAGUCGAGUUUUCCACAGAGGUAGAUAUCCUCAUGAAAGCAAUACAGGCCAAGGGGGUUGCUCAGCCGGCAGCGCCUAUGCAAUCGCUCCCACCACUCCAACGGCUGACCCAUCCGGUGGCACCUACCUACUCCCAGCCUUAUAUCCCGCCAGCGGCAGCGAAUCCACGGAGUGUGGGGAUAGCUGAAGAUCCUCCAUCUCGAUCUGGAAAGAAGCGCAAAUAUGUCUGUACUCUACCACAAUGCGGGAAGAGCUUUGCCCAGAAGACACAUCUGGACAUUCAUAUGAGGGCUCAUACAGGGGACAAGCCUUUCAUCUGCAAGGAGCCCUCGUGCGGACAGCGGUUCUCACAGCUAGGAAAUCUGAAGACUCACCAACGACGCCAUACCGGAGAGAAGCCCUUUUCCUGCGACAUCUGUCAGAAAAGAUUCGCCCAGCGAGGGAACGUGCGCGCGCAUAAAAUCACGCACCAGCAUGCCAAACCCUUCUCUUGUCUUUUGGACGAUUGCGGAAAACAGUUCACCCAGCUUGGGAAUCUCAAGUCGCACCAAAAUAAGUUCCAUGCAACCACGCUCCGAAACCUAACUUUAAGGUUCUCCCAAGUCGUCGACGGAGACCACAUGAACCCGCAGGACCGCAAGCUGUGGGAGUAUUUCGCCACUCUAUAUAAAAACAGUAACAAAGGCAUCAAGGGCCGCGGAAAGGAUCGUCGUAUUUCUCCGACCUCCAAGUCGGACCCUGGCUCGGAUGCUCGACGACGAGCUGCCGGUGGCUUGAACGGCACCGGCACCGGCAAGAAUAGCGGCGAUGACAAGCCGAGACGAGCGAGCUACGAAGACUCCUCUACCUAUACGGGGGGGUCGAGCAGUGAAGAAGAGGACGCUGAGCCCUAUUAUAUCGAUAGACAGGGGUCAUUGAAUGAUGGAUGAUGAUGAUGAUGACUCUUCCUUCCGUCUUCUACUACGGACCUUUUCUUUUCUUUUCUUUUCUUUGCUUUGCUUUGCUUUGCUUUUUUUGUUUUGUCAUGUCUCUUCUGUGCUUCAACGUUCUCACGAUACCAUAUUUGCCCGCAGUCCAUUUUUUUCUUUUUCAUUUUCUUUCUUUUUCAUUUUUUUUUUUCUUUCUUUCCUUUUUUUCUUAAAGGAAUCAUAUCAUAUUGGAUGCAAUUGCAUGGAGGGCGCAUCUCGAGUCGGCCUGGAUGGGUUUACUAUGUAUACAUCACGAGUAUUUAUU